AUGGAGAAGAGCACGGUGGUGGUCUGUGUCCCUGUUGUUAUCAUGGCCGAGAUUGCUGAGAUCGACUACAGCUCGAGCUUCUCGGUGUUCACAAUGGAGGCUUACGACCUACUCGGUGGCGACGCGUGCAGCACACAGAUGUACUCGGAGGCCAAGCUCGCCUCAGUGGCAGCAACAGUGAGAAGGAGGGUGGAGAAGGAGGAGAGGGACUACCUAUCGCAUGACAAGCCAAGAACGGUGUUAUCGGGCAAGGCAUGCAACGACCUUGAUGGUGAGUUCUGCGAUGCGCCAUACCAGGUCGGCAUCUCUAGGGAACUGGCGCACACCUAUGACCAAGCAAGACCAAGGGUGUAUGUAAUGUAUAUAGGCAUGUCUUGGGUUGGCUCAGCUGCCAAGUCGUGCAUCGUCUCAUUCAGUAUUAACAUGUAG